GUUUAAUGCAAAAAAAAAGGUAAAAAUUUUCAUCUUCAAAUCGAGUUCGAUGCUACUUCGAGAAGGGUUGAUAAGUUAUUUAAAUCAACUUCUUUAGCAUAAUUUUCGAUCGAAUCCUCCCCUUAGAAGUAAUCCAGACCUACUUCGAACACACGAUUCUACAAACCACCAAGAAAUGAAACAGUUUCUUUGCUAAGGAUAAUGGACGAAGGAAAAAUGAUAGUAGACGAUUGCGACGAAGGUGAUAUAAUCAUCAACGAAGUAGACGGUUUACCAGGACUGCACGAGACCACUUACAAUGCUGAUUUUGAAUCUAUACUUGAGAACAUGGAUUCUGAAACGUAUGAGCAAUUAAUCAACGAUGAAGAUUUACCAACAUCGUUAAUAGUAACUAAUGUUAACUCGGCACUAUUCAAUAGCGAUGAUCUUAAGAAAGAAUUCGAAGAUAUGUUUAAACGUUUCGGUGAACCAGUUACAUUUCAGUAUUUUAAGAGUUUCAAACGUAUUCGAGUCAACUACGAGUUUCCUUCAUCUGCAGCCAAAGCUAGGAUUCAUCUUCAUCACACUCGUUUCUGCGACGGUAUAAUUAAUUGUUACUUCGCUCAGCCGGUCACACCAGUCGACAACGCUGAUAGACAUUUACAGUUACCUGCACCUGUUAAACAGUUCCUCAUCUCGCCUCCAUCUUCACCGCCGGUCGGUUGGGAACCACGAGUAGAAACCGAGCCUUUAAUAAAUUACGAUCUAAUCGCCGCCAUUGCUAGUUUAUCCCCCGGUAUGACUCACGAAUUACUCGCUCCUACUGGAUCACAGCCCGGAAUAGUUGUUCAUAUCGCUGACGAUGGUAGUAACCGUUCUCAAAAUAAGCCCAAAUUCAUGCAUACCAAAUGUCCCGAAGCUGGCGACGAAUAAUAAAAAAAAAAGAUCAUAUCGAACGCGCGUACAUACUUAUUAUAAUCUUCAUAUAGUGAAUAUUCGAUGUUGUUUUUUCCAACUUAUAAUUCCCCCGGUCUUCAUCUCUCUGUAUUAAAAACUCUAUCACCUUGAUUACCCUCAGCUCCAUCCUCUCUUCUCUGUCUCUCUCUUUCAUCUCUAAUGUAUGUAUUGAUGUGUUUUUAAUUUUAGAGCCUAUUUGUUAUUCUUUCCAUUUUCAUUUUUUUUUCGUUUUCGUUUUCAUUACGUACCAAAAAGUAUAGGAAAAUCAAAUCUAUUACCAUUCGAGAACAUUCGCUCAUUAUUGCGAACGAUCUCCCUUUUUAUUUUUAUUUCGCUUUGUCGCAUUUAUUUUCAUUUCCUUAUUCUUUAUUUUUUUUCCUUGUUAUUGAUUUUUUUUUUCUUUCUUUAGUCAAAAUUGUAUUUAUUUGAGAAUUCCGAAUUUUCAUACGGAAUUCUUCCUUCUUCUUCUAAACAAAAAUAGUAUUUUAUUUAAAUCUUUACUUUUAUUUGUUUUUCUUCGUUUCUUUCUUUCUUUCUUUGCGUGUGUGUGUUUUUUUUCCUUUGUUGUUGAAUACGAAUAAUUAAAAUUAUUCGAUUUUAUGUUCGUGAUAAUGUUAAUAAAAAUUAUUUUCAUAGUUACUCAUUAUGUUAUGCUUUGUACGUACUGUGUGUUGAUGAAUAAAAGGUGUUUGUAAAUAAUCCA